AUGGGUAUCUGGGGCAACGGCGCUCAGACGCCCUUCGACAUGACCUCCAGCAUCAAUUGCCCGAUGCUGUUCCACUUCGGGUCGAUUGACGCAAAUCCGUCGCUGGAAGACCGGGACAAGCUGGAGGCGGAGUUGACCCGCUUGGGGAAGACCUUUGAGUUCCAUACCUACGAGGGCGCGAACCACGCCUUCAUGGAUUUCAACAACCCCGACCGGCACCACCCGGAAUCUGCUGCCGCGGCCUGGCCUCGCACCAUCGAGUUCUUUGACAAGCAUCUCAAGGCUGCCACUGUAACUGCCUAG